AUGCAUAGCAACAGCGACGCAUUCAACGUGAGACGUGGGCCACGUUCGUGGCGGCAGCAGCGGUCGCAGUUUCAACAGGCUCCGCGGUUGUAUUUCAGACUGCCUUUUUUUCCUGGCGGUGAGCCAGGCCCAGGCCGCAAUUGGCCUAACCCUCCGGUCCCGGGGCGAGAACUGCAGGCGUGGCCCCGGGCCGAGGGUAGGGCUAUGGCGGACAGCGGUGGAGGGGCCGGUGGGGCUAGCGCGGGGGGCGGCGGAGGGGGCGGCGCCGGCGGCUCGGGCCAGGCCUCGGCGGCCUCGGCCUCGGGCUCGGCGGGCGCCGGCGGUGGCGUCACCAACCCGGCGUCGCUGCCGCCCGGGGAUUCGCAGCUCAUCGCGCUCAUAGUGGAGCAGCUCAAGAGCCGCGGCCUGUUUGACGGCUUCCGCAGGGACUGCCUCGCCGACGUGGACACCAAGCCAGCUUACCAAAAUCUAAGACAGAAAGUAGACAACUUUGUGUCAACUCAUCUGGACAAGCAGGAGUGGAACCCAGCAAUGAACAAAAACCAGUUGAGAAAUGGGCUGAGACAGAGUGUGGUUCAGUCAGGAAUGCUGGAAGCUGGAGUAGACAGAAUAAUUUCACAGGUAGUGGAUCCAAAAUUGAACCACAUAUUCAGGCCACAGAUAGAGCGAGCAAUUCAUGAAUUCCUGGCUGCACAGAAGAAAGAAGACACUAUACCAGCUCCUCCUCCAGAGCCUGAAAGUCAGGAUCCACCUGCUCCUUCUCAGGAUUCCUCUUAAGCCUUUUUUCUUAUGCCUUUGAUGACAGCUGCUAAAAAUUCCAUGUAAUUGAGAGAGAAUAAGCUCAUUCAACUUGACAAGACUACAGCCUCAUAUGAAGAUCUUCAAAGAUUGUAGAGCCUUCAGAUUUCAUUCCUUAGUGAGAGCAUGCAGUUUGCCAGUAGAGAAACUGACAUGGGAUCUUUAUAAUCCCUAAAAAAGCUAUUGAAUUGAUAGGUGUAAGGAUUAAAUCCUUGCAGGAACUCAGGAAGUUGCAUAGAACUUCUGCCUUUUGUGUAAGUUUUGGGGAAAGGGGUGGGUAGGACAUAUUGUAGGGGCUUUUUUUACUUUGACAUGGGAGGGAUUUGAAUUGAAAUGUUCUUUUCACUUUUCUAAUAAAAUUUUUUAAACAUA